UUUUUUUUUCAGAGCACGAGUACUAUUUCCUGAUCCGUAUUCCCCGACGAUUAUGUAGAAACAGCCGGAACAGUAAAAGCGUCUCCAGAAUGGCAAACUGUGCACAAGUGGAGAGCGAAUUGCAUUCGCGAACUCCCGACCAACGCAAAACUCUGGAAGAAUGGUGCGGUCGGUAGUCGUGACGCUAGUUGUGGCCGUCACAGUGGCCCCCUCGACGGUGGAGGGCUACGCGAAGUACGUGAAGCUCGUCCCGAACGGUGGCAACGUGCCCGACAACUCAAACAUUGGGCACCUGGAUCCAGCAGGCGAGACUGGACUCAGCGACUUCGGCGAGGCGUUCUCCACCGCUGGAAAUGCCUGGACCGCCGCGCUGUGCCAGGCAGACACGGACGGAGACGGAUUUACCAACGGACAGGAGCUCGGAGACCCGUGCUGCACGUGGACGACGGGCAGCACAGCUGGACUCGUCACGGAUGGCGUGAGUGACCCGUCAGACGCCUCCAAGACUCCCACAAGCAGCGAACUUAAGGCAGGCUGCUCCAGUGGUGGCACUUCUACCUCUACAAACUCCACGGGCAGUGGAGACUCGAUAGGAGACGUGGUGGGCACCGUCGCCCCCGCCGGGCCCACCACAGGCGGCUUGCCCCCUGAUGACGACGAGGACGACUCGUCGGAGAGCGCCGUGCUAACUGCCGGCGCCUCGAUGGCGACUAUCAGCAGCGUGACAAUGGGCCUUGUAACUGCGGUGGCUCUUGCCGUGGUAUUGUAGACUUAGAGAGCCGCUGCAUGUCAACCUGCGGUCUCCACGGCCGCGUUUUAACGUUAACAAAAAGUAUUUUCUGGAGUUUUGUG